UCCCUUCCUCCAAGCCGUGUCUCUUUGUGGCACCACUAGGCAACAGUGAGCGCAUCACUGGAAAUGCAAAAGUGCGCAGAAGCCGAGCAAAGAAUCCAAAGAGAAAGAAACGGACCUAAGCAGCCAAAAAGAGCAUCUAUCGGAUGUUUUAGGCUGAACAAUGAGAACCCAGUCGAUGUUUCGCUAAGGAAAGGAAAAGCCCAGGCGAUCAACGCUCCAAAAAAUGACGACAGCGGGACGGUGAUUUUCUUCUCCUUCUUCUCAUCAAGCUCGAUAUUUAUUCAUUUCUUUUAUUACCCUAUGCUUGGAGUAUAUCUCAUGUGCGCGCAGAGCACAAAGAAACGGACUGGGAAACCGAAUUAUCUCCAACGCAGUCGCCAAUGCGCGCAGGGAGGCUUCGUUUAAUUGAAUCGAAUAAUUACGCAGAGACGUUUAUAUUAUCGGCGUUUUAAGGAGCGCAGGGAGAGGAGGGGAGGAUCUAAGUUUCCGAUGAAAACUUACUAUGUAAGUACGGCUCCUGAACUGGUCGGUUAAAGCCUCAGCUUUCAAGCGGGGAGCGGGGGGAGAGAUGAGUGAUUCACGACGCAGCAACUGAUAAAGCUGUGAAACCUGGACUACGACUGGCGCGUUUGGAUACCUCAUCCUCGAGGGUCGCUUGGACCGUGUUUGUUUUUUCCCCCUUAUUUAUUUCUGAUGGCUUCUGGUCAAGUCAUGCAUUAUUAAGAUUUCAUGGCUAUAGAGAGUAGCAGCAGCAGUGCGUGGGGACAGAGGACAGUAGAAGUCUAACAGCGGGGGUAAAGACACCUCACUUUUUCCCAAACAGGAGACAUUGCGCACGGCUGCAGCAACUACCAGACUUUUUUUCUUUCUUUCUUUUUUUCUUUUUUUUGAAGAACACUGACUCCUUUGGCAUUUCUUUCUGUCAUCGUAGUAUGUCUGCACUUCGAAAGAAAUUUGGGGACGAUUAUCAGGUAGUGACCACCUCCUCCAGCGGGUCCGGAUUCAAUCAGCCUCCCCCGGAGAAAAAGAAGAAGAGGCAGCGCUUCGUGGACAAGAACGGGCGAUGCAACGUCCAGCAUGGGAACCUGGGCGGUGAGACCAGCAGGUACCUCUCGGACUUGUUCACCACGCUGGUAGACUUGAAAUGGCGCUGGAACCUGUUCAUCUUCAUCCUCACCUACACGGUGGCUUGGCUCUUCAUGGCCUCCAUGUGGUGGCUCAUCGCCUACAUCAGAGGAGACCUCAACAGAGCCCACAACGACAAGUACACUCCGUGUGUGGCCAACGUGUACAACUUUCCCUCUGCCUUCCUGUUCUUCAUAGAGACCGAGGCCACCAUAGGAUACGGCUACAGAUACAUCACGGACAAAUGCCCCGAGGGGAUCAUUCUGUUUCUGUUCCAGUCCAUCCUCGGGUCGAUCGUCGACGCGUUCCUGAUCGGCUGCAUGUUCAUCAAGAUGUCUCAGCCCAAGAAGAGGGCCGAGACGCUGAUGUUCAGCGAGCAUGCGGCCAUCUCCAUGCGUGAUGGGAAACUCACUCUGAUGUUCAGGGUGGGAAACUUGCGUAACAGCCAUAUGGUCUCUGCACAGAUCCGAUGCAAAUUGCUCAAAUCCCGUCAAACUCCUGAAGGCGAGUUCCUUCCGCUGGAUCAGCUGGAGCUGGACGUGGGUUUCAGCACCGGGGCCGACCAGCUCUUCCUCGUCUCGCCGCUCACGAUCUGCCACGUGAUUGACACCAAAAGCCCCUUCUAUGAGCUCUCGCAAAGGUCCAUGCAAACAGAGCAGUUUGAAAUCGUGGUGAUACUAGAAGGCAUCGUGGAGACCACAGGGAUGACCUGCCAGGCGAGGACGUCGUACACGGAGGACGAGGUUCUCUGGGGACAUCGCUUCUUUCCUGUCAUCUCCUUGGAGGAGGGCUUCUUCAAGGUGGACUACUCUCAGUUUCACGCCACAUUCGAGGUGCCCACCCCUCCUUAUAGCGUGAAGGAGCAGGAGGAAGCCCUGCUCCUCUCCUCGCCCCUCAUGGCGCCAUCCCUGUGCAACAGUGGGGAGAAGAACAGCUCCCUGGACUGCCUUGAGACCCUGGAAGACAAUGACAGCACCACCAAGCUGCCUACCAAGUUACAGAAGAUGACGGGCCGGGACGGCCUACCUAAGAAGCUGCUGAGGAUGAGCUCCACCACCUCAGAGAUGACUUACAGCUUCGGAGACCUGCCCAUGAAGCUUCAGCGAAUCAGCUCGGUGCCCGGCGUCUCUGACGACAAACAGGGCGGGAAGGCCUCCAAGAUUAGCACAGAGCCCAUCAGUAAGUCGGUGGCGGACUUGCCCCCGAAGCUGCAGCGACUGGCUGGGGGAGGAGGGGGGAGGAUGGACGGACACUUGCCACCUAAGCUUAGAAAGAUGAACUCGGAUCGCUUUACAUAAAGCACGCAACAAAUACCAACCCCUGCUCUUAUCUUUUUUUUCUGAACCUGAAAUCCUUGUACUAUUCCAUAUUUAUUAACAGACAAUAUUCUUACAUUAAAGCAGCUGUAGAAUAUGUGCACAAAUACUUUAUAUAAAGUAGGGGGAUGGAAAUGAGCACAUUUGUCCCUGGAUGUAAGGGUUUUUGCUCUCAUGAAAGACCUCAAAUUUAUUUAUUUUUCUCUUACUUUCUUAUAUAUUCUUUUUUCUUUUUUUUUUUUUCUUUUUUUUUAGGACGGUGUACAAUUAGCACAAUUUGGCAUGUAAGAAGCAGCGCAUGUAGAACCGAAUCUCAGUUUCUGGCAUGACAGUUUGUUGAUUUUACAAUCCAAAAAAUACAAAAAAAAAAAAACUAUUUUAUUUCAGUGAAUUUACAGACAGUGGACAAUUGCACAAAGCCAUAUGAUUUACGCCACUGAAAGUCAUUACGUUGGUUCUAAUCUGUAGUGAAGAAAGGCACAUAUGUUUGUUUUGAGUUGAUUGCUUUUGUUGUUUACUGUAAAAUUGUGGCAAUGUUACGUUGGUUGCAUGCUCCUCUUACUGACUUAGCUAUACAAAGGUAAUAGACAAAGAUGUUUAGCCUUAACUAUAUUACCUUGUUCCCAUUUCCAUGUUUGUUCACAGCUGAAUUUUUUGGUAUUUCAUAUACAGACUAUUUUACCAUGUGCGAUUUUAAGAUUUUAUCUGAUCAAAUACGGAAAGUGCUGCUAGAUGAUGCAUACUAUAUUUACAAAUGCGUUAUUAGCAUCGGUAAACCUGGGCACAAUGAGACACAAUUUUCACUUGCUUAAUAAUGUAACACUUAAGUUGAAAUAUUCUAUAGCUGUAACAGAUAAGCACAAAACAAUCAUAUAAAUCCCUAAGAUGUUAGAAAGCAUUACUUGUCUGAUCAUAUACCAAAAGGCAAUCUUCAGUAAGUCAGUGCUGAUUUAACAAAAGCACCGUUAGACUUUCAACUUAUGUGUUACUGGUUAGAUUUGGUGGGCCUGUAAAAAAAACAAAAAAACUAAAUAGACUUCAUUUUUAGGGACCAUUAUAUUCCUCCUUUGUGAUGAAAGCAAUAAUAUUAUUAUAAAAACAACAACCUAUAGCCACAGGGUCUACUACAGCCACUACGAUUGUUCUGUUUACUUGAUCCGUGCCAUGAAAUCUGGUUUUCUCUAAAUGCAUCAAAGACAUUGUAUGAUAACUGAUCUCUUCAGGAAUAAAGAUCUAACGUAACUCUGUA